AUGAACUUCCCUCCGUUCAAUCCCUGGAAGGGUUGCUUACUGACUCCUUGGCCAUUCUUCUUCCUUUUUUUCUUCUUCUGCGUCUUCUCGUCAUUUGCGACCCGGGUGGUUCAAGCCCAGACUCAGAAAGGUAACAUAGCUCCCUACUCUUCUGCUUCAUCCUGCUUCCCUCCCUUGUGGUUCCUCAGACGAAAGAUGGACCCUCACUUUUAUGAAACAAGGGCACUCUCGAGAGUUGAUAAGUGGAAGGCGUUGCAGGCUUCAUAAGCGUUGAUUGCGGCUUCGCGGGUGGCUCGGAAUAUCGAGACGACGAAACAGGAGUAACAUACAUUGGUGACUCGCAAUUCAUCGACACGGGGGAGAACCAUAUCAUCCCAGUCAACUCAUCUUCGCGUCCAUAUCGAACCCUACGCAGCUUCCCCAACGGGACUCGGAACUGUUUUACGCUGUCCCCGGUGAAAUCCGGCGACAAGUACCUGAUUCGAGCCGGAUUCCUCUAUGGCAACUACGAUGGCCGGGGCUUCCCCCCCAUCUUCGAUCUCCACAUCGGGGUCAAUUUCUGGACCAACGUCAAAAUGGAAUCUGACAGCCCAGGUGCUUCGGAGAUAAUCACGGUGGCGCCCGCGGAUCUUAUACGGGUGUGCCUUGUCAACACGGGUAAGGGCACUCCGUUCAUAUCCACGCUCGAGUUGAGGCCUCUCCUUGACUUCAUGUAUCCUCUCGCAAACGCGUCUCAAUCUUUGGCCAACCAUCUGCGCUGGAACUAUGGAAUGGCGAACAAACUAAGGUGGCUAUACUUUGAAACAAUCCGUCUCCAAUAUUUGCUGACCAUUUAUUUUGCCAUCUCCGCUUCUUUGCCUGACAUUGUUUUGAUUAUUGAAUCACCAAAUAUUAUGAAACCAUGUCAAGUCAUCAGUUUUUUCUGCCCAAAAGGCUGGAAACUCAGAACAGGUCAACGGAGCACUAACGACGAGAGAAGGGCUAUAUAGCAGGGUUUUACGCUGCUGCCGUGAAUACCGGAUAGUGGGCUUGUAUCUUUGCUGAGCAUAAACCAUGGAUACCUUUAAUAAAUGGGACACCUUUCUUGCGCAACGUUCUAGUGCACACACAGGCGAUAACAAAUAGAAAUGACGGCGUAUUUUUUUCUCUUGAAGGUAUCCGGAUGACCCUUACGACCGCGUCUGGGACGGUGUCGCCGAAAAUUUCUUUACAUUGAACACCUCCAUCGAAGUUGUGGCAACAGAAGGAGAUGCCUUUCAGGUGCCCUCUCCGGUUUUAAGAUCGGCCAUCUCUGAAUCACGCACCAACUUUCAUCUAGAUAGCUGGCAAGACAUUGGAACCUUGGGCGACAAGAUAUACAUUGUCAUGCACUUCGCAGAGCUCCAGAAGCUCAACCCAGCCAACGAGUCAAGAAGAUUGAAUAUCUAUGUGGUAGAUGGUACGGUUUUGUUGUUCACGGAUUACAGGCCCCCUUACUUAAGGGUAGAUCAUAAAGAGAUCGUCGAUACUCGACGUUCCGCAUCCGGACUUUACAACAUCUCUAUCUACGCCACAAGCUCGUCCACUCUCUCUUACAUCAUCAAUGCGCUUGAGAGUUUUGUAGUGAGGCAAAUGAACGAAUCACAAACUGACGUUCGUGAUGGUAAGACGUCGUCUGAUUUCCCUUUGCCCUCUCCUAUUACACAUUCACCUCAUAGUUGUGUCCAUGGUCACUAUCAUUUUAUCAACUUCUACUAUAUCGUUGUACACCGACCUAGAAUUCAUUAACAUUAGGGGUCCAUGCGCUGAAAAUUUGCCAAGUGCUGUCUCGUUGCCCAUUAUUAUGUUUCGUUCUGAGUGUGUUGCUCACUUAUAUCAAAACAUUGUACUUGGUGUAUCAGUUUCUGCCAUUGACGACAUCAGAAGAGUAUUAAGGCUUGUGAGAAAUUGGGAGGCCGACCCAUGUUCUCCAAGAGAAUAUAUUUGGGAGGGAGUCAAUUGCACGUACUAUGAAGACUCUAGAUCCAUGAGGAUCACUUCUCUGUGAGUGCAGUUGAUAAAAAAAAACUUGUGGAGGAAAAAAAUUAGAAGGGAAAUGUUAGAAAUUCAUAGAUUCAUGAUUGCUCAGAUGGUGAAAAAUUUGAAUUGUGCAGGAACUUAUCAUCAAGCGGUCUAGAUGGCCAAAUUCCUACUUCGAUUGGUAACCUGACUGCUCUUACAACACUGUAAGCAUUAGUGCUUGAGAACAUAUAAUAAAAUUCUUUCUUCAUAUUUAUCCAUCAUAAUUGGCAUAUAAAUCAUAAUAAAGAAGAUAUAAACAGUCUUGUCUAGUUUCUAUUCUUCGGUCAUUAGUCAUAUAAGGUAAAUCGUGACAAUUAAUGAAACCUACCAACUUUCAGAGAUUUGUCAAAUAACAAUUUGACAGGACCAGUACCAGAUAUUUUGGGAGAGUUAUUGUCUCUUAGAUUCAUGUAAGUUUCCUGUUCAACCUUAUCCAAUAAUUGUUAACCACUCUGAUGCUUGAAAUUCUCCUAAGAGAAGGUUUAUUUGAUCAUGUAGAAACUUGUCUGGAAAUGAAGCCAUUGGGGUCAUUCCUCAAAAUCUUUGUGAGAAGGUGUCCAAAGGCACUCUUUCUUUAAGGUUAGUGAAACCACUAGACAAUAACAAUGAUGUUUAUUAUGAUUAAAUUUCACAAAUAUAAUAUACGGAACAACUCAACAAUGAGGUUUAAUUAUAGUGUCUAUUUUUUUUUAGUGUAUGAAUACAAUGAUCAAAUAGGUGAUGUAAAAUGAAAAAGAUGAUGGGAGAUCAUAAUGACACGAAAGUGAAAAUUGUAUAGUAAGUUAUGACAUCUAGUCAAAAAACUAUAAUAGAUGGUGUCCUUUUCAGUUUCACACAAGUAAACUUUGUGAUUAAAAUUAUUACUAAUAUAAUUUCUUUGAGAAAUAUUCAUUUAGUGAUAAUCCUUUCUUGUUGAUAGUAUGAGUGGAAAGCUGAAGCAAUGCAAGAAUUCUGACACCAACAAUAAGAAGGUUGUCAUUCCUGUGACGAUAACAACAUCAAUAGUUGUUACAAUUUUGUUGGUUGUAUCAUUUUGGAUAAUCAGAAGGAAGAGAAAAUCUCAUUCUUCUAGAGGUAAAUUUUAGUAUACCCUCCUCUUUGAUAUAAAAGCUCUUAAAACUAAACCAGUCCAAAGAGUUAAGAAACUUUCUCAUUUUUUAUGAUAUUCAAAUCUUUUCAGGUGUCUUGAAUAAAAAAAACUACACUAGAAGUGCUGAAACAGAUGACAAUGGCCGGAGAAGAGAAAUUGUGCAAUAUACAUAUGCAGAAAUUAGACAAAUUACAAAAAACUUUCAACAUCAAAUUGGUAAGGGGGGAUUUGGGAUUGUUUAUCUUGGUCACUUGAGAGAUGGAACUAUGGUUGCAGUAAAGGUUCUUUCUUCAUCAUCUUCACAAGGAUCUAAAGAAUUUGAAGCAGAGGUACAAUCAAGUAUUUAACAUAUCUUUAUUACAUAAUACAUUAUUAUCUAGUUAAAAAUAAUGUAGGACCCAUCAUUAUAUACAACAUACAUAUGAAGUAAUGAGCUACUCAUGUUUCAGGUUCUAUUGUUGGCAAGAGUGCACCACAAAAACUUAGUGUGCUUAUUGGGGUAUUGUGAUGAUGCACAACAUUUAUCACUUGUUUAUGAAUAUAUGGAUAAUAGAACCCUCCGAGAUCAUCUAUCAGGUCUUGCUAUUCAAAUUACCUAAUUCUCAAUUUAAUGGCAUAAAUAGAUGACCUUUUAUAACAUGAGCAUCAACAAUAUAGGAUACCACUAAAAUAACUACCAUUGUUCUUUUAGGUGAAAUUCACAAUGCUAGUCUUUUAAAUUGGAGCCAAAGAGUGAAUAUAGCACUUCAAGCUGCACAAGGUACCUUUGUUUGUACAAACUUGACUAAACUUUUCAUUUGUCAUAAAAUAAAAUUUUACAUGACCAAAAGUUCAAAAAAAUUGCAGGGCUAGAUUAUCUACAUAAUGGAUGUAGACCACCUAUUAUUCAUAGAGAUAUAAAGAGUAGUAACAUUCUCUUAAAUUGCGGGCUUGUUGCAAAGAUAGCUGACUUUGGACUAUCAAGAGCAUUCAAUAAUGAUAGUGCUACACACAUAACGACUGGGUUAGUUGGUACUCCAGGGUAUCUUGAUCCUCGGUAUGUUUACUUCUUUAUUGUUGUUCCUAUAAUUUUUUCUAUUAAGUUUACACUUUUUUGUAAACUAAUUGGUAAAAUAGUAAAAAGUACUUAUCGAGAAUGAUCUUCUCUUUAUUUUUGCAGGUAUUACCAAGACUAUAGACUAAAUGAGAAAAGUGAUGUAUAUAGUUUUGGAAUUGUUCUUUUGGAGAUUAUAACUGGUCAACCACCAUAUCAAAAGUCCAUUGAGAAGACACAUAUUGUUAAAUGGGUUCAUUCAAAAGUUGACAGAGGUGAUAUUAUGAGUAUUAUCGACCCUAGGUUGCAAGGAGAUUUCAACAUCAAUAUGACAUGGAAAAUAGUAGAAAUAGCAAUGUCAUGUACAUCAACAACACUAGAAGAAAGGAUAACAAUGAGUAAUGUUGUUACACAAUUGAAGGAAUGCGUGGAGGUGAAUGAAUCACACAAUGUGCUUGGAGGUGUCAAUUCCUCAAUGCAAAGUAUGAAUGACACAUUAUAUUCUAUAUCAAGUACUCCACUAGCUUUAUUAGCUAGAUAG